CGUUAGAUCUGUAUUGUGCAUGUGUUUCUUUCACUGUGGAAAGCUUUACUCAUAUUUUUGCCUUGAAAUUAGUUUUAAUUGUUGAUUUUUCACAACUUCAAACCAAUUACAAGAUGGUGCAGUCUUGUUGUGCUAUAAACUGUACGACCAGAAGAGAAAAAGGGGUGAAAUUAAAAUUUCUGAGUAUACCCAAGGAUCCCGCAAGGAGGAAACAGUGGUUAGUUGCCAUAAGAAGGGAGAAUUUUAAUCCGAGUGAUAGGACAGUUAUAUGCGAAAAUCACUUUACAAAGGACGAUUUGAGCUAAAUGUACAUGGAAAUACAGUUCUCAAGAAAACUGCAGUGCCUUCUGUUUUUAAUUUCCCCGUACAUUUACAGCAAAAAGUAGUAAUAAGGAGACCUUUAAAACGAAAGAUAUCUGAUAACAAAGAACAUGGUGCUAUUGCCAGUACAUCAGGCAUAAAUACUGAACCAGUAUUAGGAGUUAUGUCAAGUGAAUCUGUCAGUGCUGAAAAUGAGGAUAUAGAUUCUGAGCAACCUACUACUACAUCUCAAAUGGAAUUCCCUAAAAGGUAACAGGAUAACAGUU